AAGGGCCGGAAGUUCAAGCGCGCCAGAGGUCAAAGGGCCAGCCGAGACUACAAAAACUAACCCUGGCGCCUACCCUCUUAUUAAAAAGAUUUUGGAUGAAGAGAGAAAGAGAGAAAAGGAAAGAAAGAAAUGUGGACCCCACCCUUGUCCUGCUGAGUCAGAAACUGCGUUUCAAUCAAAUCCCCAGGCAAUUGUGUGCACGUGAAAGUUUGAGAAGCCAGGAUCCCAAGACUCACCUGAGCUGGAUGGAGCUCACAGCAACCGCUGAGAUAAUUACCCACCCUAGCCCCGCCUCUCUUGGGACAAGCCUGACCUCAGGAGUAGGGCCUGGGCCCAGGCCAGGGCAAAGCUGAAAAGUGAAAGAACCAAAGCUUCUCUCAGACACCAGGUGCAUCAGAAACCGGCCUAUUUCCUGCAUCGACGGCUGUGUGGAGUAAUGGACAAGCAUGAGGUCAGUGUGACACACACUUGGGUUCCAGUCGUCGCACUGACCCUUACGGGGACUGUGACAUGGGGCCCUCUAUGAGCCUCCGCCGACUUACCUGUCAAAUGGCAAGAACUACACCACCUCACAGACCUGAUGGGAAAGCAGAGGACUGAGCCAAGGCCCAGGUGAUAUAGAAAUAAACAAGAGGCUAGGCGUGGUGGCUCACACCUGUAAUCCCAGCACUUGGGAAGGCCAAGGGUCUCGCUCUGUUGCUCAAGCUGGAGUGUGGUAGCACCAUCGUGGUUCACUGCAGCCUUGACCUCCCCUGGAUCAAGCGAUCCUCCUACCUCAGCCUCCCAAGUGGCUGGGACCAAUAGCUCCAGAUUUGGCAGAUGGGCGGUAGUUUGCUGGCCCCAGCUCCAGAUCAUAUUGUAUUAUGGAACUGCCGCGUGGCCAAUGCGGAGGAAAAGCUGAUGGACGACCUUCUGAACAAAACCCGUUACAAUAACCUGAUCCGCCCAGCCACCAGCUCCUCACAGCUCAUCUCCAUCAAGCUGCAGCUCUCCCUGGCCCAACUUAUCAGCGUGAAUGAGCGAGAGCAGAUCAUGACCACCAAUGUCUGGCUGAAACAGGAAUGGACUGAUUACCGCCUGACCUGGAACAGCUCCCGCUACGAGGGUGUGAACAUCCUGAGGAUCCCUGCAAAGCGCAUCUGGUUGCCUGACAUCGUGCUUUACAACAACGCCGACGGGACCUAUGAGGUGUCUGUCUACACCAACUUGAUAGUCCGGUCCAAUGGCAGCGUCCUGUGGCUGCCCCCUGCCAUCUACAAGAGCGCCUGCAAGAUUGAGGUGAAGUACUUUCCCUUCGACCAGCAGAACUGCACCCUCAAGUUCCGCUCCUGGACCUAUGACCACACGGAGAUAGACAUGGUCCUCAUGACGCCCACAGCCAGCAUGGAUGACUUUACUCCCAGUGGUGAGUGGGACAUAGUGGCCCUCCCAGGGAGAAGGACAGUGAACCCACAGGACCCCAGCUACGUGGACGUGACUUACGACUUCAUCAUCAAGCGCAAGCCUCUGUUCUACACCAUCAACCUCAUCAUCCCCUGCGUGCUCACCACCUUGCUGGCCAUCCUUGUCUUCUACCUGCCAUCCAACUGCGGCGAGAAGAUGACACUGUGCAUCUCAGUGCUGCUGGCACUUACAUUCUUCCUGCUGCUCAUCUCCAAGAUCGUGCCACCCACCUCCCUCGAUGUGCCUCUCAUCGGCAAGUACCUCAUGUUCACCAUGGUGCUGGUCACCUUCUCCAUCGUCACCAGCGUCUGUGUGCUCAAUGUGCACCACCGCUCGCCCAGCACCCACACCAUGGCACCCUGGGUCAAGCGCUGCUUCCUGCACAACCUGCCUACCUUCCUCUUCAUGAAGCGCCCUGGCCCCGACAGCAGCCCGGCCAGAGCCUUCCUGCCCAGCAGGUCACGCGUGACCAAGCCCGAGGCCACCGCCACCUCUACCAGUCCCUCCAACUUCUAUGGGAACUCCAUGUACUUUGUGAACGCCGCCUCUGCAGCUUCCAAGUCUCCAGCCGGCUCUACCCCGGUGGCUAUCCCCAGGGAUUUCCGGCUGCGGUCCUCUGGGAGGUUCCGACAGGAUGUGCAGGAGGCAUUAGAAGGUGUCAGCUUCAUCGCCCAGCACAUGAAGAAUGACGAUGAAGACCAGAGUGUCGUUGAGGACUGGAAGUACGUGGCUAUGGUGGUGGACCGGCUGUUCCUGUGGGUGUUCGUGUUUGUGUGCGUCCUGGGCACUGUGGGGCUCUUCCUACCGCCCCUCUUCCAGACCCAUGCGGCUUCUGAGGGGCCCUACGCUGCCCAGCGUGACUGAGGGCCCCCUGGGUUGUGGGGUGAGAGGAUGUGAGUGGCCGGGUGGGCACUUUGCUGCUUCCUUCUGGGUUGUGGCCGAUGAGGCCCUAAGUAAAUAUGUGACCAUUGGCCAUCAACCCCAUCAAACCAGCCACAGCCGUGGAAGAGGCAAGGAUGGGGGCCUGGGCUGUCCUCUCUGAAUGCCUUGGAGGGAUCCCAGGAAGCCCCAGUAGGAGGGAGCUUCAGACAGUUCAAUUCUGGCCUGUCUUCCUUCCCUGCACCGGGCAAUGGGGAUAAAGAUGACAUCGUAGCAGCACCUACUAUGCUUCAGGCAUGGUGCCGGCCCGCCUCUCCAUCACCAUCUCUCUCCACUUCCCCUUGUCCAGUGCCUCACACACUUCUAGAUUCUUCCCAGCUCAGAGGCUUGGCAUUUGCCAUAUCAUCUUCUUUUUUUUUUUUUUCUUUUAAACGGAGUCUUGCUAUAUCGCCCAGGCUGGAGUGCAAUGGUGCGAUCUUGGCUCAAGUGAUUCUCCUGCCUCAGCCUCCCAAGUGGCUGGGAUUACAGAAAGCCGCCACCGUGCCCAGCUAAUUUUUGUAUUUUUGUUGGCCAGGCUGAUUUCGAACUCCUGACCUCAAAUGACCCACCUGCCUCGGCCUCCCAAAGUGCUAGGAUUACAAGUGUGAGCCACUAUGCCUGGCCUUCCCUAUCUUCUACCUGAACCUUCUUCCUCUUCCCCCAGGGCUUCCCAAGCUCUUUCCACAGCCACAUCAGUCAGGGCAUGGCUCCAAUCCAUUCUUUGCUCCAAUGUCACAUCCUCUGAGAGGCCUUCCCUAACCACCCAAUCAUUCUAAAGCAGCCUCCCUACAGUCACGUUACCCUGCCUCCUUCCUCGAGCACUCCUCUGUACCUGUCGCUCUUAUCUGGUGGCAUGUAUGUCAUCCACAGCUCACCCACUAGAGUGUGAGCUCCAUGAGAACAGGGACCUGCUCCUUCACAUUCGUGGUAGUAUCCCCAGGGCCUAGGACAGAGCUUGGCACACAGUAGGUGCUCAAUAAAUGUUUGUUGAAUGAA